AUGCCGUCAGCAGCAGGCGGAAGCGGUGGUGGUGGAGAUUCAUCUACAACGCCACGCCUGUCACGCCACAGUCGUUUGUUUUUGCAGAAGGUGCAGAAGGGUGCCAAAAAGGAGAGCGACGACAGGAAACGGCAUCAGCAGUUUGCGGCAGCCGCGAAGCAACCGCGCUCGCUGCAGUGUUUGACCACCUUUGACUGCCCUGUAUGUCGUCUGAGGAACAGCGUGAGGGUGGACCUCAACACCAAGGAGCGGCAGGCGGUUGUGCGCUGCACGUAUUGCAUGUCAUUGCGUCCGCGCCCGCUGGACCUGCCGUAUCCGUUUUCGACGCCAUUUGUGCCAAAGCUUGAGAACCGCGCCGAUGUUUUCUUCAAGUUUAACGAGUUGUACCGUGGACUGGCGAUGAAGGCCGAACGCAGCGGUGACACGCACGGCUACUAUGGCGACACGGAGGGCAGUGGAGGCUACGACGCCGACGGCGUGUUGGCGAUUUCGUCUAGUGCUUUGAUGAGGGGCACCACAGGGAUAACGGUGAAUGCAGAUGCAACGGCGUCAGAGGGAGAGGAGGUGGAAGAGGAAGAGGAGGCAGAGGUGGAAGAAGAAGAAGAGCGGCAGCAAGUGGAGGGAAAAGAGGGAGGUGAAGACGAAGAGGAUUUGGCUGGGGGGGGGAAAGCUGACGAAUCUGUGGAAGACGUGGGUGCCUUCUUUGCUGAUAGUGAUGACGAUUGA